UGGGGUUGUCUAUCUAUCUAUAGUUCAAGCUUUGAGACUUGGCUUCGUUUCUUCCCCGUGUUUGCAACGUGACUCCUUUAGUGUAUAUCGAAAAAAAAAUAUUGUUGUUUCUCUAUUUGAUUGAGGAGAAUGGGAGUUCCAGAGAGAGACCCUCUUGUACAAUUGAGUUUACCACCUGGGUUUAGAUUUUUUCCCACCGAUGAAGAGCUUCUUGUUCAAUACCUUUGCCGCAAGGUUGCUGGCCACCAUUUUUCUCUGCCAAUCAUUGCUGAAGUUGAUUUGUACAAGUUUGAUCCAUGGGUUCUUCCAGGUAAGGCUGUGUUUGGAGAGAAGGAGUGGUACUUUUUCAGCCCAAGAGAUAGGAAGUACCCUAAUGGUUCAAGACCAAACAGAGUUGCGGGUUCUGGGUAUUGGAAAGCCACGGGAACCGACAAAGUCAUCACCAAUGAAGGUAGAAAAGUUGGCAUAAAAAAAGCACUUGUUUUCUACGUUGGCAAAGCACCCAAAGGCUCCAAAACCAAUUGGAUCAUGCACGAGUAUCGCCUCCUUGACUCUUCAAGAAAAAACAACCUCGGAACCACAAAGCUUGAUGAUUGGGUUUUGUGUCGUAUCUAUAAGAAGAACUCGAGUGCACAAAAUGUUGGGGCAAGUUUAGGGGCUAAAGAAUGCAGCAAUGGGUCGUCGUCACCUUCUUCAUCGUCCCACGUGGACGACAUCCUCGAAUCAUUUCCCGAAAUUGAUGAUCAAUGCUUCACGUUGCCACGUGUGAACUCACUUAGAACAAUGCAACAAGAUGAGAAAUUCGGGUUUCAGAACAUGGGAACAGAGUUUUUCGCGGAUUGGGUUAACCAAACAGAGCAGGAUUCGGUUUCCGGAUUCGGGUCGGGUAUGAUGAACUAUAAUUGUAAUGACUUAUUUGUCCCUUCCAUGCCAUCAUUGUUCAGCCACGUGGAUUUCAUGACGGGAGCACCGACUGAGGAGGAGGUCCAAAGUGGCAUGAGAACCCAACGGGCCGACGGGCCCAAAUGCUUUCAGUCCAACCCGAAGGCCCAACUCCUAUCGGGCCAACUAGACCCGUUUGAGUUCGGGUACAUGGGUCAGCAAUUCGGGUUACGAGGGUAGUGGUGUAAAUAAUUGGGGUUUCUAAUUUCUAUGGCCAUUGUAAUGGUUUUUGUUAUUGGUGCCCAAAAGUGGAAAGGGAAUAUGCUUUUCGGUAUGUAUAUAUACCCGUGCCUACGUAUACGUAUACGUAUACGUAUAUGUGUAUGUGUACGUUUAUGGUGUAUACAUCCUUUUCAACUUUAAAUAUCAAGUUAUUGGGCUUGAAUUUGAUCUUGGUUCA